GCUUACCUUAUAGGUUGUGACACCGGCUUUGGUCACAGACUGGCUGUGCGUCUCAAUGAACACGGGUUUAGAGUAUACGCGACCGUCAUAUCCGAGUCCAGUGCCGGCGCUAUAGAGUUGCCCACAAAAGCCCGCUUUCCCGACAAAAUGCAUGUAAUGGCGAUGGAUGUGACCAGCAAUGACCAGGUGUACAAAGUACGUGAUCAUAUUGAACGGCAUUUGGCUGACCAUGGUGAGGGUGAUUGUCUGUGGGCAAUUGUAAACAAUGCCGGUGUAAUUACCGCGGGUCCUAUUGAGUGGGGCGCUGACGAUGUGUAUAAACCCGUAUUUGAGGUCAACACAUUUGGCGUGAUUAGAGUGACCAGAAUUUUUCUACCACUUAUCCGGGCCUCAAAAGGUAAUCGUGGUAGAGUAGUGAACAUUGCCAGUAUGUGCGGACGCAUGUCGCCCACUAAUAUCGGCUAUUACUGUAUGUCCAAACACGCGGUCGUUUCCUUCUCGGACACACUUAGGCGCGAAAUGCGGAAAUUCCGGGUCCGGGUGUCAACCAUAGAGCCCACGUAUUUCCGUACGGAAAUGACUGACAUUCAAACUAAUGUGGACAUCCUAUGCCGCACGUGGGCUGACACGCGUGAGAAUAUACAACAAGUUUAUGGUGAAAAUUAUCUCGCCAAAUUGAAACAGGUGGUUUUGAAAACGUUUGACAUCUGGCACUCAACCCGUACUAAGGAUGUUGUUGUGGAUGAUUUGAUCGAUGCCGUACAUAAUGCUGAGCCCCGGGUUAGGUACACACCGAUGCAU